AUGAGUUCCGACGUUGCAUUCUACGCUGAACGCCUCGCUCACAAGGAGUACGAGCUCAAUGAAUUUCAAGCCGCUUUCAAUAAGUAUAAGCUGAAAACGAAAGUUAAAUUUGAUCAGCUACGAAAAGAAGUCAAUGCGUAUUGUACUGAACAUGGCUAUUCGCUAACUGAAAAAGAGAAUAACGCAUUGCUAUUGAUUCGCCUUGCUGAGAAUGAGACCGCGAUGGAGGCGGCGAAUCGAGAGGCCGAGGUUUUGCGGAAGGAGUUGUCGCGAAAGCAGACACAACUGAAUGAUCAGCAGAUUUUGAUCAAAAACAUGGAAGAACAACUCCGUGCCUCGCAACCCCUGAGUUCGGUAGAAAUUCAAGAACGAAAACGAGCAGCUCAGAUGCUCGACAUGGAUCGAAUCCAUCAGCAGAUGCUCUUCAAGGACGAAAGAAUUGUUGAGUUGAACAACGUCAUCCUGGAUAAGGAAAGGCAAAUCCUCGAUCUACAGGAAUUAUGCCGCGAACAAGGCGAGGUGGCCAGCGUGACAUCCCAGGCGGCACGAAUCGUCCAGAAGCAAUGGGAGGAUAAAAAUCGCGAAAGACGUGAAAUUGGUACAGAGACGGACGCUUCCUUGGAAUGGAAUGCGGUUAGGCCAGUGCAUCCG